UUUAUUUAUAUGUUGAUGUUAUGUAGUGAUUUGAGGUUGAAAAGAAUAUAUUAACUGAAUUUUCUGCCAAUAUUUGCUAUGCUUAUGUUUGAUUCUUGAUUACCAAUUUGUUGUUUUUAAUUUGAAUUAGAACCUACCUGAAGCUUAACUAAGGUUGAAGAUUAAUUGACAAGUUUUAAAUUAUUGAAGUAGGACCUCAUCCAAAUUUGGGGUUCACAUAAUAACUUUUUUUUUUCUUUUUUUUUUUUUUUAUAUAUUUGGCUGAGUGAUAGUAAUUCCAGUCUCCAAUAAUUUGGCUGGUACAAAUCAUCUUCAAUACCGUAAUUUAUGUUGGUUAGCUUAUAGGAAACUAACGUGAAGUGUUUCUAGAUGGCAAGCCUUUACCUUCCAGGUCCAGCUACUCUAAGAAAAUUUUAUCUGUCUGCUUCAUCUAAUAAUGGAGCUCCUUCAACAACACAGAAAGUCGGGCCAGUAGUCUUGGAGCUCCCCCUUGAUACGAUACAGAGACCACUAAUGCGUACAAGAGCAAAUGAUCCCCAAAAAGUCCAUGAACUCAUGGAUAGCAUUAAGGAGAUUGGUCUUCAAGUUCCUAUUGAUGUUCUAGAGGUUGAUGGAGUGUACUAUGGUUUCUCUGGUUGCCACCGAUAUGGGGCUCAUCAGCGAUUAGGCCUCCCAACAAUUCGCUGCAAAGUCUGGCGUGGAACAAAGGAAACAUUAAGGCAUCAUCUCCGGUAAAAACGUUAAGAGUUGUGUUCAUUUUCAAUUCCCAGCAUUAUCCUCUGCCUCGAGGGAAGCCGAAUGAUACUAUUUGACUGAAAGCAUGCAUGAAUAGUUUUAAGCAGCAAUAAGUAAGCACAUACAUGUAUUGUUCUUUUGCACUUGUAAUUUGUAAUUCUACAACUAUCCUGCCUCGUGGUAGCAUAUCUUUCUCGAUAACUUGAGUAAAACACAAAACUAUUAUAGCAAUAUAUUUUACUUCUCAAAA